CACAAAACAGGAUUUAGAACGUAUAUAAAUGUGACUACAGUCGCACUUCUCCUAUCAGUUUGUGUGUGGAUUUUCUGUAAACAAGUUCUCCAAGACUCACAACAAUGGACAUAGCCAAGGUUAUGAUGAUACUAGCCGGCGUCCUUGUCCGUAACCAUGCUUAUUACACUCCGGAACACCAGCAUAACCUGAGAUGUGGGCACCUUGGUUAUGGCUACGGGGGGCUCGUAGGUUAUGGUGGCUAUGGGGGUUAUGGUAUAGGCCAAGGUCUUGCCUACGGCGCAGUGGCACCUGCCAUACAGACGUACAACACUGCACCUGCCGUAGCCAAUUACGCCAUCGCCCCAACAGUCAAGUACACAGAAGCGAAACCACAAAUCUCCUCCUACAUUUCUGUGCCUGCCCGCACAGAAAGUUACGCAACCGCUCCCUCGGUUCUGUCGUAUUCGGCAGGAUCUUCUGAGCUAUCAGGUCAGUCCACUCUUGCUUAUUCCUCUGGCAACACCGCCACUGUUGCGUCUUCUUACCAGUCCGCAGCUCCGGUCGUUGUCAAGUACGCCUCACCUGUUAUCAAGUACGCCGCUGAGGCCCCUGCAGUGACUUCCUACGCCAGUGGUCCAGUCGUGAAUUUCGCGUCUGUAACACCCGCUGUGAAGUACACGACCCUGUCAUCUGACGUUUCUGCAUAUUCAGUAGCACCAGCUGUGCAGUAUACAUCAUCAUCAUCAUCAGGUGGUCACGCCAGCUUGUCUCUUGCAGCUCCAUCUGUCCUCAGUGCUUCAGUACCUACUUCGUAUUCUACCAGUAACACAGUGAAACAUGUUUCUAUAAAGCCAGCUGUCGCCACAUACUCAGUAACUCCAGCGGUUAAGUACGUUUCUGUAAAGCCUGCUUUAAACUAUGUGUCCGUCAAACCGGCUGUAAAGUAUGUUUCAGUUUCACCCGCUGUUAAAUACGUAUCUGCAACACCUGCCCAAUUUAUAUCCCAUUCGUCGGGUGACAAUGAACUGUCCUACUCCUCUGGAGGUGCUUCAACUUCAUAUUCAUCUGGCAGCGCCUCAGUCCCAUACAUUUCUGGUGGCGCCUCUAACACUUAUUUAUCUGGUGGAGCCUCGACUUCUUACUCUUCUGGCGGGGCCACCAAAUACGCAUCUGGCGGUGUAGCUUACCAGGCCGUAGCAGCGCCGGCUCUAUACAGAGCCCCAGCUGCCGUAGCAACUCCCCUGGUGGCAACCGCGCCUGCUGUAGUGACUGGUGUCGCGCCUGUAUCCACGGCCUACGCAGCUACCGCCCCUGCCCUUGCAACCUUCGUCAAUUCGGCCCCCGUGAUCGCCACUCCAGUGAACGCCAAAGCUGUUCUCAGUCCAGUGCUCAAGAAGUACCACAAGGAUCACAAAGACCACCCUCGCUACGCCUAUGAGUACGGUGUAAAUGACCCACACACUGGCGACAUCAAGCGGGCGUGGGAAAAACGCGACGGUGACGUAGUGAAGGGACAGUACAGCCUAGUCGAACCCGACGGCAGUGUGCGAAUUGUGGACUACGUCGCUGACUGGGAGACUGGUUUCCACGCUACCGUCACGAAGCAGGGACCAUCCGUUCAUAAGAAGAGGGAAGCACCGUCCAAGACUGAAUAAUACAAGUUACGAUACUCUAAAUAAUCUUCAGUAACAUGUACAUUACCCAAGCGUGCAAUGAGAAUCAAAACUUUCUUGAGCGGGAGGGCAAACGCAUGAGCUGUAAAUCUGUAAGAUUCUACCUACAGUUUACAUAACUCACACACUUAAUGGAACUGUGAAAUUGAUAUCCCAAAGAAAAAUAGGAUAGCUCGUUCCAGGGUUUCGCCAUGUUUAAAUCAUAAGAUAAUCUAUACAUCACACAAUUCACCAUAACAACCUCUUCUCUUUAAUAGCAAGUCCGUAUUAAUCAACAAUACAUAACAUUGCAUAUAACUGGAGGAUAAUGUCAAACAUUUGAACUGGUAGAAUUCAGUAGCGCCAUACGUUUAAUGCUUAUUGCAGUCAUGCAUUGGCCAUGUCAUCCAUAAAGAUUUGGCUGUAAUAGUGAGUCUUCUUGCCAGAGUUACACGCUUCUGUUAUAUCCCGACCACCGGCCGGAACUGCACGGCUCACCGCUACAAGAUUUUUCCCAUAUGAGUCAAAUAUCGAUCAGUAAAAAAACAUAAACUUGCCUGUGUUGUAGAAGAUGUUGAAAAUUAUGUUCCUGUGCACGCUAACACACUCGCUGUGUGUUUAAGUAGGUUUAAAUUCACCCAAAGUUCUUCCUGAGGAACUUACAAAUUUUUCUUUAUGUAUUUUCCUUCAGCCUUUCUUUCAUAAGGAGAUUUGUUCUGCAAAUCUUGUUCUUCAAAUUUAAGCAUAAAUAAAAGUCGUAUGGAGUAAAAUCAGGUGAAUGUACUGGCCAAUAAACAGGUCGUAUUGUUCCGUCGCCAAAACACUUUCCAGAGUCGUCAGAGAAUUGUCUGCAGUGUGGAAAAGUGCUGAAACCCUUUAUCCCUUGGCAUUUACUUGGUCUUGUUUCUUUCUCAAUAAGCAUAUGGCGUUUGUUAGGUUAGGUUUCUUGUCCAGAAGUGAUCCAGCAGACCUGACUUUAUUAAUAAGUUUAAGGAUGUCUUUCGUGCUUCGAAAUGCUAUCCCGGGAUAUAAACGACAAAAUUUUCUCCGAACCUUUUUAGCAGAGUCACGUCUCACAUAAAAACACUCUGUUCAACAGUGUAUCAAACCACACACACCAGCAGUUAGUCCUUAACGAUCGUAUAGUCAGCGCAGUAGUUUUUGACCGGUGGAAUUUUCAAGGGGAAGGCUAGGAGCGAGUCUCGGACUGAACGCCCAAACAAAAGAAAUGCACUGGCCGUGCCACCUCAGGUACACAGAGUAGGCCCGUCCGCCAGCUUCUCCACCGGCCAAAAACUACUGCGCCGACUAUACAAACAGCUGCUCGCUGCAAUGGUGUAUGGGUAAUUUCAGCUGCAGUUGCUGUUAGCGCUGGGCGGUGACCCACGCAGUUCCUGCAGGGAGCCGGGAUGUGAGAGUUUGCGUGUAACUAUGACAGCGAACGCACUUACUAACCGAAGACUACGUAUGGGGACUAACCGUGUCACACAUGCAAUGUAAUACUGGUCAAUUUUGAAGGGUACUGACGAUGGUGUGUUACAAUCGGGAUCACUAAAUUUUAGGAUUUUGUCCAUCGUCUGUGUUUUUAAGAACACUACGUUUCGGAAGCUGGAUCUGUUUCCGUAUCCAACUUUUAACCUGAGGACGGAAGCAGAUCCAGCUUCCGAAACGUAGUGUUCUUUUUAAAAACACAGACGAUGGAUAUAGUCCAAGAAAUAAGUGAUCCCGAAUUUAAUAACGGGUGUAUUAUUUAUUUCCAAAUAUAUUCAGUAAGCACACUGUUAAUGGACACUUCAUAUAUUUAACUAAAUAUCGUUUCUUGCAAAGUUAUUUUUGAAAUGAAGUAAUGAUAGCUGAAUUUCUGAUAGAGUUAUACGCCUAUAUUUAAUAGUCCUUUUUAUUUCUAUAUACAUCUUUUGAAUGACGCGUUGUCACGAACUGAGUUCGUGACACUCAUUCUAAGUAUUGUUUGAAAAAUAUCCCUUUCGCUAUUGAAAGAACUAAAACCUGUACUUCUAGCAGCCACUAAACGUAUUCCAAACUUGCCUGUUAGGUAUCUCUGUUGUUACACAGCUACAUUCAGUAAUUUUCAUUUCCCUGAUUAUGGUUUUACAAAAUAUUCCAGCAUCUGAUCCACCACCAAUGGCAGAACACAGUAUCAUCACAUCAAGAACAAUUUUCUUUUCACUUAAAGACAAUAUGUAACGACUGUCAAAAAUGG